AAUCACUAGAGUCACUAGAGUGACAAGCGAUUCUUGAGUGAAGCUGUACAACAGCCGAUCCCAACUGCCUGGCAAUUAAUUUCCGAUAAUUACGGUGUAUCCCAGGGCAAUAGUGAAUCAGUUAGAAUUUUCGGAAUAAAAACACGUGCGUCCCAUCAUGACGCUCAUAAACAAGAUGGAGGUGGACGAUAAACCUUCCAAGGGUGAGGGUUUCAAGCCGUAUUACAUUACGAAAAUCGAAGAAUUGCAGCUUAUUGUCGCCGAGAAGGGGCAGAACCUCAGGAGAUUACAGGCGCAACGUAAUGAGCUCAAUGCUAAAGUGCGUAUGCUUCGAGAAGAGCUACAACUUCUUCAAGAGCAGGGCUCGUACGUUGGUGAGGUAGUAAAACCAAUGGACAAAAAGAAAGUCCUAGUAAAAGUCCACCCUGAGGGAAAAUUUGUUGUCGACAUUGACAAAAACAUCGACAUAAAUGACGUGACGCCAAACUCACGAGUUGCCCUUCGAAACGAGAGUUACACCCUUCAUAAAAUUCUCCCCAACAAAGUCGAUCCUCUGGUGUCCCUCAUGAUGGUGGAAAAAGUACCAGAUUCGACUUACGAGAUGGUAGGGGGUCUCGACAAGCAAAUAAAGGAGAUUAAGGAGGUUAUUGAGCUGCCAGUGAAGCAUCCUGAGUUAUUCGAUGCACUGGGUAUUGCCCAGCCCAAGGGUGUAUUACUUUAUGGCCCACCAGGUACUGGAAAGACCCUUCUGGCUCGAGCUGUUGCCCAUCACACCGAGUGCACGUUUAUUCGUGUUUCUGGGUCGGAGCUUGUGCAAAAAUUUAUUGGCGAGGGCUCGAGAAUGGUCAGGGAGUUGUUUGUCAUGGCUAGGGAGCACGCACCCUCGAUUAUAUUCAUGGAUGAGAUCGAUUCAAUUGGCAGCUCGAGAAUUGAAUCUGGUUCUGGGGGUGACAGUGAGGUACAACGAACGAUGUUGGAGUUAUUGAAUCAACUCGAUGGCUUCGAGGCCACCAAAAAUAUCAAAGUCAUCAUGGCCACCAACAGAAUCGAUAUCCUCGAUCCAGCGCUACUACGUCCUGGCAGAAUUGAUCGCAAAAUCGAGUUUCCACCACCGAAUGAAGAGGCUAGACUCGAUAUUCUCAAGAUUCAUUCCAGGAAAAUGAAUCUUACCAGGGGAAUUAAUCUCAGGAAAAUCGCUGAACUGAUGCCCGGCGCGUCCGGAGCUGAAGUCAAGGGGGUGUGCACCGAGGCAGGUAUGUACGCACUUCGAGAACGUCGGGUGCAUGUGACCCAGGAAGAUUUCGAGAUGGCCGUUGCCAAAGUUAUGCAGAAGGACUCUGAGAAGAAUAUGUCUAUUAAAAAAUUGUGGAAAUAAUUUUUUUCGUUUCAAUGUAUUGCUAAGGAAUUUAAUAAACACUCUUGCUUAUUUCAGUAA